AUGAGCACCUGACGUCCGCGCUUUACCUUUUCUCUCUUCUUUUCUAAUCUCUUCUUCGUUUAACGUUUUUCACCAAAUUACGAGUUUGUGUGUGUUGCUAACGAUCCUCACAAUGUUGCAUCGUCCAAUCGAUCUGUUCGAUUCGUCAGAAAAUCAAGGAAUUCACUGUUUCACAGUGAUUUUUUUGGCUGACGGAAUCGUUUAACUUUCUCACUGGAAAAUUCGAAGAAUUCUCGCGUUUUAAAAAAAAAUCAAUUUCAGAAAUUUUGAGUUUCGGUGUGAUCGGAGCGGUGUUAUCGGAAGUGAAUAAUUAAAAUUUCCAACGCGUCUCAAUUCACUAUUUUUCCUGAGUCGCAAUAUUUCUCGUAGGUGAACGAAGAAAACGAAAAAAUGAAGGCACCCGCGAUCACUGAGAAUAGACUUGUGAAAAAGUAAAACGAUUCUGUUGGAAUUGAAAAGGUUCGACGAUGCAGUCGACGGUCUCGUCCUCGGUAACGGAACUUGACAGUCCUUCGCGACCGAGCGGGAACUGUUGCGAAAACGAGCGCGAUCACGACGGUCGGGAGGAGAGACAUCACGAACGAUUGAACAGCGUCCAACAAUGCAGCAAUCCGAACCAAGCUCUCUCGUUGUCCCUCGAGGAUCGUGAAUUAUGGACGAGAUUUCAGUGCAUCACGAACGAGAUGAUAGUCACAAAAAAUGGGAGGAGGAUGUUCCCGGUAGUAAAAGUCGUUGCGAGGGGCCUCGAGCCAGCGGCGAUGUACACGCUGCUUCUGGAGUUCGUUCAAAUCGAUCCUCACAGGUGGAAAUAUGUAAACGGCGAAUGGGUGCCAGGCGGAAAAGCCGAAGUAGCGCCUCCAAAUCCGAUUUACAUACACCCAGAAAGCCCAAAUUUUGGCGCACAUUGGAUGAAAGAGGCGGUCUCCUUCGCCAAAGUUAAACUCACGAACAAAUCGAAUGGCAACGGCCAAAUAAUGCUGAACUCGUUGCACAAAUACGAGCCAAGGGUUCACCUGGUCCGGGUCGGAGCCGAGGAGCAGAGAACGGUUCUGACGUACAGAUUUCCGGAGACGCAAUUCAUAGCUGUGACGGCUUAUCAAAACGAAGAAGUAACGAGUUUGAAGAUCAAGUACAAUCCAUUCGCUAAAGCGUUUCUCGAUGCGAAGGAAAGACCGACCGACCAGCAAUCUUAUCCUCAAUAUACGAGUGCCUGGUUUCUCCCGCAACCAUCGAUGAGCUACGAGUACAGUGCCUCACCCUCGACAAUGGCAGGUGCUCAGAGUCAAGUUCAAAACUCGACCAACAAUCUGACGAACACAGCGUGCACGAUGUCAUCGAGUCACAAGAGUGCGUGCAGAUCCUCGCCUUAUACGAUCAGACACAAAUAUCUGCAAGACGAGCAACACGUCGAUCCCUACGGUCCAGUUCCUCUUCUGCACUCGACAGCGUACGUAACAGCAACAGGAUGGCCGCCGCGUAGUCCGGAACAUUUGACAACGUUGAAUCCAGCAUUGUCCCAGGAAUGGUCAUCGUCGCCGUUGCCAUCGCCAACGUCAUCGUCAACGGCAGGUUCGCCGUAUGCGCACGGUGUUUUGGGCAGACACGGUGGCGCGGCGGCAGCGACGACGGCGACGACGACAACGGCUUCUUGUGCUUUGUACGUUCCGUCGAGUCAAAGUGUAGCGAAUUGUAACUCGAGUCCCCACGAGCACGUGCACUGCGCUGAUUCAUCGGUUUGGCUUCAUCCUACCCCGAUGUCGGAUCAAAUGCAGCAACACCAGCAACAACAGUCUUAUUUGAAUUUGAAUCUUCAUCUUCAUCAUCAAAUAGCGUCGUAUCCACCGUCGAAUCCAGGGCUGCAUCAGGGUCUUCAACAUCCGUCUGAACUCGGUGAACACGCGAAUCUAUCGUCGCCGUCGCCGUCCGCUGCUCAACAACAACACGAUUAUUCUCAAAGUUAUCAACAGCCAACGAUGGGACACCACGAACAUCAUCAUCACCAUCAUCAGCAUCAGCAGCAACAUCACAAUCAUCAUCAACAGAGUCAGCUUAUUCACCUUCACUCGCAACAAACCGGGUCAGUCUCGCCCCAAUCGGUCACCGAUCAUCAAUACGAUCCUUCGAAGGAUCACCAAGACAUUGGUUACCCCGAUCAACCAAAUACCGAGACGAAUGAUGUGCCGGUCGAAAGCCCGGAGCGUCGCUACGUCACCAGCGUCAUCGAUCAUCGUCAUUCCCACCAACAAGACCCGAAUCCAAGUGAAUCACAAUCCGCAUGGACGCCAUUGUCUCCACCACCAGCCACGCAAACCACAGCCAUUUGAUUGACAACAUGUGCACCACGGUUAGACUGUUGAAUAGAUUCAUUAUAGAAUCUUAUCGCCUAAAAGAUUUCCUUCAUAGACUCUGCAGACGAAUAUUUAUGUAUUAAAAACAAAUAAGUAUGGAGAAAUGAAGAAUCAAUUGUAAUCCGUCCUUGAUAGAAAUGAUAUUAUCGUUAUAUUGUUUUCUCGCUUAUGCACUUGUUACUAUAAUCCUCUGUAAAUAUACAACGAUCUUAAGUUCCUUCAAA